AUGCCCAACGCCGCGAGCCACGCGGCGCGGCGUGCUCGAUGGCAGGCGCUGCAGGCGCAGCUGCGCGACUCGAGCCGUGCGAACCGCAGCGACGUAGUGGAUGAGCAGGCGCGGCAGCGCGAGGCCGCGCAGAAGCGGUCCCCGGCGCACGCGCACAAGUUGGCCAAGGCGGAGCGCCUGCUCGACGAGCGCGACAUGCGCGAGCGGGGCGAGGAUGUCGAGCGCCACCGCGCGAUGCACUAUACGAUUGAGGAGAACGAGGCAUGGGAAAAGAAGCUCGAGGAGAAGGAGCGUAGUCGCGAUAAGGGCAUGAUCGACUUUCAGGAUCUGGCCGAGCGCUCGUACCAGCGGCAGAUCCGGCAGCUCAAGCCGGACCGCGCGGCGUACGCCGAGCAGAAGCAGGCCGAGGCUAACACAGAGGCGGCGCGGCCCAGCCGCGAGCCCCCGCGCGACCGCCAGCUCGUGCGCGCGAGCGAGGCGGCGGUGGCGCCGGCCGUCGCGUCGUACGGGACCCAUGCGCCAGACGAGGACGCGGUGGACCGCCUCGUGACGCACCUCAACUACGAACACGACCAGAUCCAUCGCCGCAGCCGGCGCCGCGAGGACGACUUGGAUGUCGAGGGCACCUAUAUCAACCAGCGCAACAAGCGCUUCAACCGCAAGAUCCAACGCUACUUCGGCGAGCAUACCAAGGAGCUCCGCGAGAACCUGGAGCGUGGCACCGCGUACGUGGCCGUCCGCUGA